AUGACCACUUCCACUCCCCCCUCUGGCGUCUACACCCCCGUGGUCGUCUUCUUCCACGAAGACGAGACCAUCGACACCGACAGCACCCUCGCCCACGUCGACCGCAUGGCCGCUGCCGGAGUCACCGGCCUCGUACUGCAAGGCAGCAACGGCGAAGCACCACAUCUCGACCACCACGAGCGCCAAACACUAGUGCGCGCCGUGCGCGACCAUCUCACCGCACAAGGCCACACCAACACGACACUAAUAGUCGGCUGCGGCGCCGCCAGCGUACGCGAGACACUCAUCUACAUCACCGAGGCACACGAUGCAGGCGCCGACUUCGCCCUGGUGCUGCCCCCAGCCUACUGGACAGCAGCGAUGACAGCUCCCGUCUUGGAGAACUUCUUCCUCGAAGUCGCCGCCGCAUCGGCCCUACCUCUCCUCAUCUACAACUUCCCCGGCGUGACCGGAGGCAUCGACAUCACCUCCGACUCACUCAUCCGCCUAGCCCGCGCCAGCCCACGCAUUGUCGGCUGCAAGUUGACCUGCGGGAACGUGGGCAAACUACAGCGCGUCGCCUCCGCUGUGUCGGGGCCGACAUUUGCCGCCUUUGGGGGGAAAUCGGAUUUCUUCCUCCCGGCGCUGGUUGCCGGUUCCCGUGGCGUUGUCGCCGCGCUUGCUAAUAUCGCGCCCAAGGUCCAUGUUGAGUUGCUGCGUCGCUACCGUGCGGGGGACCUCCCCGCGGCGCAGGCGCUGCAGGCGACUCUGAGUCAUGCGGACUGGGCUCUUACUAAGGUGGGUAUUGCUGGUGUUAAGGCGGUGGUUGCCCAUUAUUUUGGGUAUGGGUCUGGGCGGGGGCGCCGUCCGUUGGGGAACUCGACGGUGGGGACUUUGAGUCCGGAGAUUCUGGGUCCGAUUGAUGAGGUGGUGGUGUUGGAAAAGAGUCUGUAG